UUUUUUUUUCUCUUUCAUCCAAAACUCUGUCUCCGCAUUUCUAUUCGGGCCUGGUGGACAGAGGCUGAGUUUCAGCAACAAUCUUCCCACAUAAAUCUCCAGCUCGCCCUCUUCUGUGAAAAUACUGUGGCUUCUGCUAGAGCCCCCCAUUUCCCAGGAAGUCCUGGAGAUAAUCUGGGGAAGUGAAGAAGGCCUCCCCCAGCUCCCUGAGAACUGGCUCAACAGGUCUCAGGAUUGUUAUGCAGGCCACCUGAAUAGGGGAAUCUGCAGCUGCUUGGCUUCUAUUUUUUUCUCCCUCCUUCCCCUCCAACUUUCUCAGCUCCCUCAGUUUGUCUAUACAUUUCCCUCAAGAAUUGGUUCUCCUCAGGCCUGAAUCUUCCAUCUCCACCCUUGUGGCAGGAAGGAGCCUUCAGUUUACGUGGUUCAUUUCUCAGUUUUCCCCUAGAUCUUGCUGUUUCAGAGAUAGAACAACUUUCUCCAUCUUAAAACUCUCAGUCCCUCUCCUAAGAUUUAUAUCAGGGAACAGGCAUAGUCAAAAGUCAUAAUAGUAUCAGUGUUGUAAUACUAGAAAUCUCAAUUUUCUUCUAGACAUUUCCAUGCCUGGAGCUAUUUUUCUGGGGUUACCGGAAAGGGGAGUCCUCUCAUCUACAGGUUCCCACAGAGUGGUAGCAGCUCCACUUUCCAGCCCCACCUCCUCCUUACCCCAAGUGGCCCCAAAUCCCCUCUGAAAGAGUGCAGUUCAGGUAUCAGCAUGUCAACCUAUAAGACUUGAGGUGGGGUAGAGAGGGUACGGAAGGUUUAGAUCAAAUGUCCUGAGUGAGACAGGACCAGGUUGUCCCCGACACAAAAUAGCUGUGAAGUAGCUGCCGUAGGCGCCCAUUUUGGAUUAGAACAGCCCCAGGCGUGAACUAAGACUGUCCGUAGCUCUUGGAUUAGUCAUAGCAUUGAAGAGGAGAAGACAGAGCACCAGGCUGUGCCUGACAGGGAGUCUGGAGUUUCCAGUUUCUAAAUUCUGGGAGGCGUCAGCCAGGGGAGGGGCCUUCAUGUAGGGGAUGGGCAGGAAGCUGGGGCUGGGCCUCAGUCAGCUAUGCAAGGCUGUGCAAGAAGAGGCAACACGGAAUAGAAAGAGGAUCCCAAUAGCUUCCUUGAAACUCAGGAGAGUGGAUACUCCGGCUUUGACCACCUAAGACGCCCCUCUUGCUCCAAAGAGUAUAACUCCAUUCCUUAUUCUGAGGCCUCUAUUUAUCCUGUUCCCCAAGGAUGGAGCCACUACUAGGAGUAAAAAUUGGCUGCCUGUUUGCCCUGCUGGUUCUCACUCUAAUCUGUGGUCUUAUUCCCAUCUGCUUCAAGUGGUUCCAGACUGAUAGAGCCACAGGUCGUCACCGCCGGAUCCUCAGCCUCCUGGGCUGCACUUCUGCAGGUGUUUUCCUGGGAGCAGGGUUCAUGCACAUGACUGCUGAAGCCUUGGAGGGAAUUGAGUCAGAGAUCCAGAAGUUUGUGAUACAGAACAGGACAAAAAGUAAGGGAAAUUCUUCUGAUGAUGCUGAUUCAUCUAAUGUGGAGUAUCCCUAUGGAGAGCUCAUCAUUUCCCUAGGCUUCUUCUUUGUCUUCUUUUUGGAGUCACUGGUAUUGCAGUGCUGUCCUGGGGCUGCUGGAAGAUCAACAGUGGAGGAGCAAGAAUGGGACCUAAGAUGACCUCCCUACCUCCAAGAGGUGCCUCCCAAAUGAUUUGAACCCUCAGACAUUUCUUCCCUGAAACAAAGUGACUUUCACCGGGCAUCUUUCCCACAAACUGGAUCCCAGUUUCUCACUACACAAGAUGCCAUUUCUCAUGCAGGACUGAGAAAAAGGAUGUUUCGGUUGAGUGCCUUUUAAAUGCAGGAUUGAUAUAAAGACCAUCACUCCAGAAUUUGAUUCUGGUCCCAUUUGUGCUACUGUGUGUAAUAAAAUGUCCAUUUUAUCCUUCCCCUUCAGCCAUGCUAUACUUCAUUUCUCCCAAUUACCUAGGAGAUGCCUCAGACAGGAGAUGGUGGAGUGGGGAAUGGGAAGAAUGAGUGUGGGAUGCAGUCUCAUCUUCUGAAACUGGGCCCCUAGUCAUUCUCUCAGGGGCAGGCCAUGCUCCUCGAGACUUGGGAGCAUUGCUGAAGUUCCAACAACCCACUACCACUUUAUGCACAGGUAUUGAGAAACAGCGCCAGAAUUCUCAGCAUUUAGGGAGAAGAGGUUUAAAAACAGAAACAUUGGGGAUCUAGAUUUUAUUUUUCUAUUCUAACCACACCCACUCUACUCCUAGUACCUAUUUUCAGCCUCCCACAGACUCUUGAGAUAAGGCUAAGUGGAACCUAUUUCCACCUGGUUCCUAUGUUUUGGGCUGAGCCCUGAGUGGCUUCAGGGACACUCCAGCUCUUCUCUGAAUCUCUGUCUCUUUCCAGCUGCCUUGGGCUGAGGGAUUAAGAAACAGUGUGUUUGAAGAGGAAGAAAGGCUCCAGAUAAAUGCCUGGGGUGAUUACUUGGUCUUUCACAACUUGGCGGCUUUCCUUCUGCCUUCCUCACCUGCGGAGGUGGCUCCAGCCCCUCCCCAGUAGACCAUCCUUUCUCCUUCUGCUCCUUCUCCUCCCUUAGAGGUUUAAGUAACUCAUACAAAGUGUUGCUUCUCUUAAAAACUGCUAAGGACAAAUAGGAAAACUGGUUAUCUGGAGUUGAGGAGAAGCAGGAGGGCUAUUGCCUAGCCCCUGACCCAUGAGAUGGAGGAAUAUUUCAGACUUAGUGGAGAAAUGGGGAAAGAGAAGUUAUACCCCAUGAGCUCAACCACUCACCUGUUUGCCUCUUCUCAUAUUUUCAGUGUGGAAGCCCCAGCGACCUUAACAAAGUCAAGGUCUCCUGCGUUUCAUUCCUGUCUCAGUUUGUCUUCUGUCCAUCCCGUUCCCCUCCCCAUCAGUUGAGCUACACCAACCUCCUCAAAAACCCAGCUUGUGCAGGGUUCAUUGAGAAGGUAAUAGUGUUUCUUAGGCAGGUUAGUAGGUAGCCCGGAGGCCCUCCCAGUUGAGGUUGACUUUUGAAAGGGCACGUAGUCAUGUACUUAUUAAUCUUGCUGACGCUGCUAAGACUGCUUGCGGACAUUCCAUAAACCAUAAACAGGGACUAUUCUCCUCUGGCUAGUUUCAAGCUGAUUGUAUCUUAGAUGUCUGCCUUGGGAAACCUGAGUUAAAGAGUGUUUAAGGUUUGAUUUAUCUUUAGAAACCAUGAAAAAUGUGUAUAAAAACUUGCUUUCUGACUCUUGGGGGGUAUCUUCCUACCCCUUCUGGUGUCUGUGCCAGGAGCUGUCUCUGUUGCUACCAUAAAAUUCUCUUUUCCUGGGAACCUGGAGUGGUUCAGGCUGUUUGAUCUGAGAGAGAAAAUUCCUGAGAAGAUUUCAUCUCCUCUGCAGGAAUCCUGAACUCAGAGUACACCUGCCAUGCCUGGCUUCAAAGGCAAACUUCAAGAAAAACUAAAUAAAAAUAUCUGACACAGGAAAUAAUUUCCCUGAAGCACCACCCUGUUCUGUUUUCUCUUCUGCAUUAAAUGCCCUCGUGUGGAAUAUA